GGGAAGGGGAGCGAGUUCUAUUGCCGUUGCAGGGAUGGCAGCUCCCGACAAACCCGAGCGCUGCCGCUGCUUCAAAGUCGAACUCAUCGAGGUGUCGCCUCCCGGCAGAGAAGGCGAGCGUCUCCUGACGGCCCGCGCCGCCCGCAACAGGGCUCGCCAAAAGCUGCGGGCCGCCAUGGGGAUCGGCGACGAAGAGGACGAAGAGAACGAGGCGUGGAAGGAGAACAAGGAGUCGGGCGUUACCGUGCGGCGAAGAGGACAAGCCGUGUAUGAGUAUGACGAGCCUGAUCCUUUCGGACCCUGGCACCACACGGUCCGUGUGGUGAAGUGCCGCAAGCCAGCAUCGAAGAUCAAGAAAGGUAGCUGCCCAGGUGCCUGCCCGGCACACGUCUGCUCACACAACUGUGUCCCGCCUUCUGCGCGUAUCUCCUCACCUGUCAGGAGAUGAUGAGGAGGAGAAGGGGCUGUUCCCUGACGAGGACGCCGAAGAUGAGGGACCUUCCGCUGAUUGCCUGACUUAUGGGUGUGUGUUGGGCAGAUUACGAGCCGAGGGAGGACGACAGCGAUGAGGACGGUAAGUGCCCGUUGACAAAGAACUGAUGCACGCGCCACUGGCGUCUGAAUGUGUGUGUCAGAUGAGGAUGAGGACGGGGACGGGGACGAGGACGAGGACGAGGACGUGGUACACACACCACACACACACAGUGCCCACGCAGAGUACAAGUGUGCCUCCCUCUCUCUCUCUGUGUGUGUGUGUGUGUCAGUUUGUUGGCGAUGACGAUGAGGAUGACAAGGAAGCCCCCAAGGCUGCUGCCGCCAAACCCGAAGAGGCGGCCGACAAGGUCAGCCUGCCAGCCUGCCAACUGCAAUCCACCUGCAGCAGCAAAGGACACUCUUGCAUCUCGCCUCGCCAUCACUCGUGUGUGUCUCUCUCUGUGUGUGUGUGUGUGGAUCAGAAGCCUGCAGCAGCGGCGGCGGCGGCGGUGGGCAAGAAGAAGGAAGGCGAGGACGACGACGAUGGUACGGCAUAACCCUGCACUCUGCGCUAGAUCGCCCUUCGUGUGCCCGCGCGCGCGCGUGUUGUGUGUGUGGUGUGUUAAGAUGAGUCGAGCGACACGCCCAAGAAGACGCAGCCCGAGAAUUCCAAGGCCAAGGCCAAGAACCCACAUCCCAAGAAGCCACCCAAGGUCAGAUCACACCACACUCCAACCGCACGCUCACCACUCGCUCAAUCUCACACCCUAUCUCUCCCUGUGUGUGUGUGUGUGAUGAGCAGCAGCGUUCUGAGGAUGAUGAGGAUGAGGGCGAUCGCAAGGAGGACGUAGAGGGCAAGGAGAAGGGGAAAGUCCGUCGCCCACUGCGUGCUGCUGCCAAGGUACCAUCCCUGCCUGAUGCACACGACACAACACGCCCUCAAAGACAGCACACGCACGUAGGCCCUUCGCUGUGCAGGCGGCGGCACAGAAGAUCAGGACUUUGAGGGGUAGAUAGACAGACGAACAGAUUGGUGGAAGGAUGGAUCAGCCGCUAUCGUAUCAGAUCGAAAAGGGUGCAUUGUCGAAAGACGCGGCAGAGAGGAGGAGAGAGACGAGUGUAGCCGUAGCCACAUUGAUUAUCGGACAGCCAUCGAGUUAGCCGACCGGCCAGCCACCUGCCGGCAGACUGUCUUAUCGAUCCGCCCAUCCAUCCAUCCACAUCCACACCAUGCCACUACAUGCCACACCCACGCACACACGGUAGCUCUCGGGCCGGGCGGCGGACGCCAUGGCUCACGGUGCGUGGCUGGGAGAGGGAGAAGGGGUUGAGGGAGGGGAGGGUUGGGUGGCCUGUAGAUACCUGCCUGCCUGCCUGCCUGCACCAUACAUGCGCUUUAUACGCUAUCUAUCUGUACAGGGACAGACCGGCCCAUGUGAUGCAUGCGUGGUGAUUGGAUGGAUGGACCCACUACAUGAUUUGUCGGCGAAUGAAAUGAAUGGCUGAGUGAAUGAAUCCAAC